GUACAAAAGUCAAGCUGCACCGCCCAGGCAGCACAAAAAGUUUGGAAAGUCCUGACAUCCUGAACAUCGCUGAAUGCAGCCACAUGCUUUCCCGUGGAUUAUAAAAAACUGCUUUAUUCAAGAAAGCCACCUUAUCUUAAAAACUGGAAUUGUCUGCUCUUCCUCUGCCACGGUCAUUUGCUGCUCUCCCACUAGACAAGGACACUUCAACCACUGCCCGAGUGUCUUCGCUCCACAGAGACUCAGACUAAUCUUCAACCAUCACCUCAAACACAAAUCUUAGCAGAGAUGGAGGGUCAUGUGUUUGCCCUGCUUCUGUGCAUCACUGCUGCAGCCUCUGCCUCAAGUGAGACAUGUGAUCCAGUUUCGAAUAAUGACCACCCAUGGGACUAUGUGAGUGAGAAAAUUGGCUGUUGGACCAGCUUCAUCAGACAGGACAAGGCAGAGGUCCACAUCCUUAACAUAAAGUUUGACAAGAUGGAGACCAAUAUGUUCUCUCUGGAGAUGACCAAGGACAUGCCCAUGAACCUCAUCCUCACGUCCUCACACACGGCUCACUGUGUACUAAAAAUCAAGACCGGGGUUAACGUUUAUUUACACAGUAACUCCAACAUUGUCAUACACAAUCCACCUGAGAACAUCCGCCGCCAAGACUUCCCCACUCAAGAAGAGGAGCUGGUGAGGUGGGCAACACAGGAGUUUGGGGGUGUGACUUCAUUCACCACAGUCCGAAAUCUGAAAAACAUCUUAUUGACAGGAAUAGAUGGGACCAAACCUGGUACUCAUGACUGCAUACUUAAAAAUGAAGAUCCAUCAGAGAAGCACUUUAUGAAGAUUGAAAAAGGUUCUUUGUUCAAAUCCUGCUCUCCAAAGCCACAGAACCACAGGGAUGAAGCUGAGCUUCACAUCAUAAACAUCCAAGAGAAUGCCAGCAUUCGCAAUGUAUCACUUCGCAUAGACAAGGAGAACACCAAUGUAUUCCUGAGAGGACCUAAUGGGACCAAAUGGAUCUUCAUCAACCCAACUCACACCCGCUUUGGAUCUAACAAUGAAAUCCUGCUGCUGACCACCGGGACACAAAGAGUCGCCCCUCUUUUAACACUGGGUAGUGACAAUGCAAAGGUGGUACAAAAGAAGGCUUUAGAAUAUUUUAAAGUCAGUACUUUCACCAGCUAUACUGAAUUCAGACCAUUGGACUCUAUGAUUUUACUGGUUCUUGGAAAAAAAGAAAACACUGCAGUUACAGACAUUCCCAUUACAACUAAUGCCCCUAAUCAGAUGCCUUUGCUGAUGCAGCUGUACACCUCCCCAGACUACCGUUCUCCCCUAGACCCUAAUACCAAGGUGCAGAGUGACAAGAGAAUUUAUGCAGAGAUUUCAGGGCACACAUAUGGGGAUUUUGUCAUGACCAUCAAGGUGAUUGGCUGCUUUGUGCGCUCCGAAGGCUCAUGCCCGGUUCGGAAAGAGCUGCCCUUCAUACUAGAGGCCUGCUCCUUAAAUUCUUGUCCCAACAGCACCCGACUCAGCUUCUCCUUAGAUCAGCUCCAAGGGCUGACUUCCACUACAUGGGACCUGGAAUGCUCUGUGAAACUUUGCUACAAUGUGAAUUGUGUAGAUGGAGGAAGAGUGAAGAGGAAUCUGGAGGUUACCCAACCACCAACCCCACCAUGCAUUGAUUUUGGCCUACCUGGUGUUCUGGGCAUUGCCUUUGGAGGGUUCUUGAUCGGAGUAUUGCUCAUUGGAGCACUGUGGUUUAUCAAAAUUAAAACAGGGUACCCAACUGGACUGGACAUUAGCUCAACUGCAGCAAAUCUUCCUAGGUGUCCCUGCUCAGGAGCAAAACGACAACCUGUUUCUACCAAUCCUUCCCCUUCUGAGAACAGUAGCGCCAACGCUAGCAUUGGAAGCACCCAGAGCACACCGACCAGCAGCAUGGCAUGAGAUUUCAAUAGUCUCCACCACCAGCAUGGCCACCAUCUCCCUUCAAAGUCACCUAUAUGGGUUUUGUGCUUUUGUUUUCUUUAAUAAUGCUUAAAAAGCAUCUCUCCCUUCCCAGUCCCCUUCAAAUUUUCAUUUAAAGCACAACCCACGUCUUUGACACACCAAGCCUGAAAUGGAUGUGAUCUGGGAGUUUGUAAUGGUGGGUGGGGGUUCGGGGGCACUGGGUGACAGAUAACAGAAGUCUAAUCAAUGGCUUCUGACGCUCAUCUCUGCAGCCUCUCUGUAAAGUCAAGCUCCUAGACAGGAAGUUAAAGAGGGCAAGA